CACUCCCCCAAACAUAAUAUGAAAGUCCAUACGCACUUAAUAAAUUCCUUGAUAAAUGGAAGUUGCAGUUCUUAAAAAAAACAUAAGUCAGAGAUCAUAAAACUGACAUUGCAGUGGAAAUCAAAUCACUCCUUCCUUCCGAAAUCUCUCUACGAAGAAGAAAGGAGAUUCGGUUUUAAGACAUGGUGGAGACGAGGCGUAGUAGCUCUUCCGCUUCAAAGCAGCUCUCUCCUCCUCCUCCUGAAACUCCAUCAUCACAUUCACGGCCUACCAAACGAUCCAAGGCGGUUUCGAAGUCUGGAGAACCGGAGCUUAGAGCUUCUCAUCCGAAGACUAGUGAUGCGGAAAGGCCCAUGGAGAAUUGUUGUGAUACACACAUUAUUAAUCCGCAAGUCCAAGUCUUGUCUGAAGCUGACAAGUCGAAAAGGGGGAAGAAGCGGUCUAAGGCUUCUCCUUGGGCGAAGCUUCUUUCUCAGUAUCCACAGAACCCUCAUCGAGUCAUGAGAGGCGCUGUGUUUACUGUUGGACGAAGAGGAUGCGAUUUAUCUAUCAAAGAUCAAUCCAUCCCCAGUGUUCUUUGUGAACUGAGGCACUCUGAGCACGGAGAACCUUCAGUUGCCUCGCUGGAGAUAGUAGGGAAUGGAGUUCUUGUUCAGGUCAAUGGCAAGAUUUACCAAAGGAGGGCUUGCGUUCAUCUGCGGGGAGGCGACGAGGUUGUCUUCAGCACUCUCGGGAAACAUGCUUAUAUUAUUCAGUCUCUUAAAGAUGAAAAUCUAGCUCCACCACCAGAUAGAGCUUCUUCAUUUAGCAUCUUUGGAGAACAGAGUGCGCCUCUGAAAGGGCUUCAUGUUGAGACAAGAGCAGCAGGAGAGUCUUUAUCUGAUGAGAAGGCCUCUGUAUUGGCGGCUUUAAAACAGCUACAUGUCCCUUUUCUACCACCUACUGCUGAAAAUGUCAAAAGUCAGCAAAAUUCAAGGGCUCCUGUCCUACCUUCUAGCUCCGAUGAUUGUAUUCCUGAUGUUGAUAGCGACAAUGACGCUGAUAGCUACAAUGACGCUGAUAGCGACGAUGACCAGAACGCUGAUGCAAAUGAAAUGGAUUCUUUUCAAGAAGCUGAAGAAGGUAGAAGUAUUCCUGAUUCUGGUUAUGAAACUAGACCAAUUUUUGGCCUACUCAGGGAUCCUUCGAAAUUUGAUUCAAGGGGUAGCAUUUCCAAAUUACCGGUGGAUGAUCGAAGGGAAGUGAAGGAAAUGCCUAAAGAAUGUGACAGUUCAUCAGCCUCGGUAUCAACUAGACGUCAAGCGCAUAAAGAUUGUCUGCGAGCAGGAGUACUCAAUCCUCAGGAGAUAGAAGAUUCUUUCGAGAACUUCCCAUAUUACUUAAGUGGCACAACAAAGGAUGUUUUGAUAACUUCAACAUAUGUUCAUAUGAAUUGUGGAAGCAAGUUUGGUAAGUAUGCAGCAGAUCUGUCGACAGUGUGCCCCCGUAUCUUGCUCUCUGGACCAGCUGGCUCUGAGAUAUAUCAGGAAAUGUUAGCAAAAUCUCUUGCUAAGAAGUGUGGGGCCAAAUUGAUGAUUGUUGACACACUCUUAUUACCUGGGGGAUCAACAGCCAAGGAAGCAGAUUCUACCAUAGAAAGUUCUAGGCGUGAAAGAUUUUCCGUGCUUGCUAAACGAGCCGUACAGGCUGCACAUGUUACGGUUUUGAAGCAUAAGAAACCUACUCCAAGUGUUGUGGCUGAUAUAACAGGUGGAUCAACAUUGAGUUCUCAGCCUGUUCUGAGGCAAGAAGUGUCAACUGCAUCCUCUAAAAGUUACACCUUCAAAACUGGUGACCGAGUGAAGUUUGUAGGCUCUUCAAUUUCUUCGCUUCCUUCUUUCCAUUCUCCACUUAGAUAUUGUUUGGGACCGGUAUUAGGUUUCCACGGAAAAGUAGUACUUGCAUUUGAAGACAAUGCAUCUUCAAAAAUCGGGGUUAGAUUUGAUAAGCCGAUAGCAGAUGGCAAUGAUCUUGGUGGCCUAUGUGAAAAAGACCGUGGUUUCUUUUGUGCUGCGAGUUCACUUCGGUUAGAUAGCUAUUCUAGUAACGAUGUUGAUAAACUUGCCAUCAAUGAAAUCUUUGAGGUGGCUUCUAAUGAAAGUGAAAACGGAUCAUUGAUACUGUUCCUGAAAGACAUUGAAAAAUCAGUGUCGGGGAGAAUUGAUGUGUAUGCCACUUUGAAGAGCAAGCUGGAGAAUUUACCGGAGAAGAUUGUUGUCAUAGCCUCACAAACCCAAUUAGACAGCCGAAAGGAGAAAUCCCACCCUGGAGGUUUCUUAUUCACAAAGCUUGGCAGCAACCAGACAGCAUUGCUGGAUCUUGCAUUUCCGGAGAACUUUGGUGGUAGACUGCAAGAUAGGAACAAAGAAAUGUCUAAACCAGUGAAACAAAUCACUAAACUAUUUCCUAACAAAGUUACCAUCCAGUUACCCGAGGACGAAGCUUUCCUAUUGGACUGGAAGGAGAAACUCGAACGUGAUGCAGAGAUCCUGAAGGCUCAAGCUAAUAUUGCCAUCAUUCGUGCGGUCCUUAGCAAAAACCGUCUGGAAUGCCCUGCCCUCGAAACCUUGUGCAUCAAAGAUCAGUCCCUUCCGCUCGAUAGAGUGGAGAAAGUGGUUGGCUGGGCUUUCAGUUUCCAUCUUAUGAGCUGCUCAGAACCGACGAUCAAAGACAACAAGCUUAUCAUCUCUGUCGAAAGCAUCACAUAUGGCCUGCAGGUGUUGCAUGGGAUUCAAAACGAAAACAAGAGCACAAAGAAAUCUCUCAAAGAUGUUGUUACUGAGAAUGAAUUCGAGAAAAAACUCCUAUCAGACGUCAUUCCUCCAAGUGAUAUCGGUGUUUCGUUUGAUGAUAUUGGGGCUUUGGAAAAUGUGAAAGACACCUUGAAGGAGUUGGUGAUGCUUCCUCUUCAAAGACCUGAGUUGUUUGGCAAAGGCCAGCUUACAAAGCCUACAAAGGGUAUACUGUUGUUUGGACCGCCUGGUACAGGGAAGACGAUGCUGGCAAAGGCAGUUGCAACAGAGGCUGGUGCAAACUUCAUCAAUAUUUCAAUGUCCAGCAUCACUUCAAAGUGGUUUGGUGAGGGAGAGAAGUAUGUGAAGGCUGUUUUCUCUUUAGCAAGUAAGAUAGCUCCAAGCGUUAUUUUUGUUGAUGAGGUUGAUAGCAUGUUGGGAAGAAGGGAGAAUCCAGGGGAACAUGAAGCUAUGCGUAAGAUGAAGAACGAGUUCAUGAUAAACUGGGACGGCUUACGCACAAAGGAUAAAGAAAGAGUGUUAGUACUAGCUGCUACAAACAGACCAUUCGACCUUGACGAAGCAGUGAUUAGAAGGCUUCCGCGAAGGUUGAUGGUUAAUCUCCCGGAUUCAGCAAACAGAUCAAAGAUCUUGAGCGUAAUCUUGGCGAAAGAAGAGAUGGCAGAGGACGUAGAUAUAGAAGCUAUAGCAAAUAUGACAGAUGGGUACUCAGGAAGUGACUUAAAGAAUCUUUGCGUGACCGCAGCGCAUCUUCCUAUCCGAGAGAUAUUGGAAAAAGAAAAGAAGGAGAGAAGUGUGGCUCAAGCUGAAAACCGACCAAUGCCACUAUUAUAUAAUAGCAAAGACAUUAGACCAUUGAACAUGAAUGAUUUCAAGACCGCACAUGAACAGGUAUGCGCGAGUGUGUCGACUGAUUCAUCGAACAUGAACGAGCUUCAGCAAUGGAACGAGCUGUAUGGAGAAGGAGGGUCAAGGAAGAAGACAUCACUGAGCUACUUCUUGUAAAGAUAAACAGAGAGGUUGUGUAUUUUAUUUUUCCUUGAUAUAGAAAAUCUCUCUUUGAUAGUUCAAUUUAUAUAAGAUUUAUGUACAGAGAGAGAUAACAAUUGAUGUACAAUCUAUUUGUAGAUUUUUAUGUUCUCCGAAAGUUUAGUAUUUUACUGCCAAUUUUAUUUAAUUUUGGUACCAA